GGAACGCGUAGACUUUGAACCUCAUCUAUGUCACGACCCGACCUCGACGAGGAAGAGUUGGAACAGAUAAGGCGGUAUGAAGAUUUUACAACAGUAGACUGGAUAGAAGACUCGAUAUACGAACGGAAUCGAAGGAUACGAAAUGCACGGGCUGGUGGAAUACCUAUAUCUAUACCUGAAGACUUUGAUUUCCGAGAUACAUGUACACGACAUUGGAGUUUCAGGGAUAUACUUAGGUGGACGAGGGUGCAGUGGAAACGAGCUACGGAGGGUGUACAGUCUUGGUUUAUUGUUAGUCUAGUUGGAAUAUGCAUCGGUAUCAACUCAGCUCUCAUAGCCAUCAUCACCGAAUGGCUCUCCGAUAUGAAAAUGGGGUACUGUUCAGACGGAUGGUGGUUAAACCAACAAUUUUGUUGUUGGGAAAUCGAAAAGGAAGAAACGGAAGGAUGUGAUUCGUGGCAUCCUUGGAGUACGGUUACUCCUGCUAGAUAUGGGAUUUAUAUCAUGUUUGCUACGCUAUUCUCAUUCGUAGCAGCUCAUUUGGUAAGGUCCCUCGCGAAGUAUGCUGCUGGAUCUGGGAUUUCGGAGAUUAAGUGUAUCUUGGCUGGGUUUACGAUGCAAGGGUUUUUGGGGUUUGCGACGUUGUGUAUUAAGAGUAUUACUUUGCCUUUGGUUAUUGCGUCUGGGCUUUCGGUUGGGAAGGAAGGGCCGUCAGUACAUUUGGCGUGUUGCGUUGGGUUUUUGGUCGCUGGGGUGUUUAAGAAGUUUGCGAGGAGUCAAGGAAAGAUGCGAGAAAUCAUCACAGCGGCUAGUGCAGCAGGGGUGGCAGUCGCAUUUGGCUCACCUGUUGGUGGUGUGCUUUUUUCGAUAGAGGAGAUGAGUUCGAAUUUUAGUAUCAAAACUAUGUGGAAAAGUUUCUUUUGCGCUCUAGUCGCGACGUUCACGCUCUCGGCAAUGAACCCAUUCCGCACCGGGAAACUCGUACUUUUCCAAGUCACCUACGACCGCGACUGGCAUUUCUUUGAAAUCCUCUUUUUCAUUAUUAUCGGUAUAUUCGGGGGUCUUUAUGGCGCCUUUGUCGUCAAGUUCAAUCUCCAAGUGGCCGCGUUUCGACGUAAACACCUAUCUAACCAUGGCGUAGCAGAAGCUGUGAUACUCGCUAUAUUAACAGCCGUCAUUGGGUAUUCCAACCGAUUUUUGAGGAUUGAUAUGACGGAAAGUAUGUCGGUGCUGUUCCGGGAAUGUGAGAAUGCUACGAGUGAUAUUUGCGAAACAAGUAAACAAUGGCGAAUUGCCAACUCUCUUUUUCUGGCGACGAUUAUUAGAAUUGGACUUGUUGUUAUUUCGUAUGGAUGUAAAGUCCCAGCGGGGAUUUUUGUUCCAUCGAUGGCUAUAGGAGCGUCGUUUGGGAGGGUUAUAGGGAUUUUUGUUAAAGCUAUGUAUCGUGCGUACCCCCAAUCUGGGAUGUUUGCUUACUGUGUUCCGGAUGUACCGUGUAUCACGCCUGGAACGUAUGCGUUCCUUGGUGCCGCUGCUGCUCUUAGUGGAGUGAUGCGUAUAACGGUAACAGUCGUCGUCAUCAUGUUCGAGUUGACUGGUGCUUUGACGUAUAUCUUACCUACGAUGAUCGUACUACUAGUGACGAAAGCUGUGGGCGACCUCCUAGGAACGACUGGUAUCGCAGAUGAGAUGAUACGGUUCAAUGGAUUUCCGUUCCUUGAGAAAGAAGAUCAUGCGUAUAAUGUUUCUGUUUCUGCCGUUAUGCGUACAGAGAUGCAAACUCUCCCUGAAUCUGGUCUACGAGUAGAAGACGUUGGUAAGUGCAGGUUUUUGGUUUUUCUGGCCUUGAUCAUUCGAUUCGAUUUUUUUGUCUUAUUACAGAGGCUUUGAUGGCCAAUACGGA